AUGCAAUAUGUUAAAUUAACGAAUCAUACGCAUGCACCAAAUCCAAAUGAAAUUAAAGUUGCUGAAUUUGAAUCGACAAUUAAUGAACAUGCAACAACAUUGCAUGAUGCAUAUAUAAGAAUUAUAAAUGAAGCAUUAUUGAGUGUGCAUAAAGAUGAUGCAGCAUCACAACGUGAAUUGCAUGCAAACGCAAGAAAAAUAACACACCAUUACCAAGUCCAACAUCAUUUCAGGAUAUUAAAUAUUCCACAGCACUUAAAGUUGACCAGUGGUGGUAAUAAAUGUUUAUUAUAUGAUAAUAAAGGCUACUAUACCAGAAUCAUUAUAUUGUCAUCUGAUGACAAUUUACACCGUUUGUCAAGCUCUGAACAUUGGCAUGCUGACGAAACGUUUAAAGUUAGAAAAUAUAAUUUUAUAGCUAUCGUAAAUAUGAUCAAUUGCACAUAA